CUUAGGACUGAAGCCGAGGUUGGGUGACCCUGGCCCUUUCCUACCCACUCUUCCUUGCCCUCCUUCCCCUCUCGUGGCAGGAUGAGGCGUGCAGGCCUGGGUGAUGGAGCACCUCCUGGCGGCUAUGGGAACUAUGGUUAUGCCAAUAGUGGAUAUAAUGCUUGUGAAGAAGAGAAUGACAGACUCACUGAAAGUCUCAGAAGCAAAGUAACAGCUAUAAAAUCUCUUUCCAUUGAGAUAGGCCAUGAAGUCAAAAAUCAAAAUAAACUGUUAGCUGAAAUGGAUUCACAAUUUGAUUCUACAACUGGAUUUCUAGGUAAAACCAUGGGAAGACUGAAGAUUUUGUCCAGAGGGAGCCAAACGAAAUUGCUAUGCUAUAUGAUGCUGUUUUCAUUGUUUGUCUUUUUUGUCAUUUAUUGGAUUAUUAAACUGAGGUGAUGCAAGUUAGUGUGGGCUUUGAAUUUAUUGCAGUUAAUGUCUUGGGGAACCACUUUGAUAACCAGCAUCUCAACAUUCCUAAUGGUCUUCUCCAUUGAAGAUUAGUAGAAUUUUCCUCUUUCAGAAAUCAUACUAUACCAUGUAAUGUUUUGAAUACUGCUCCUUACUGACUGACUCAUUAUGACUCCUAUUUUAAGGGGUAUUUAAUUUUCUUGAAGUCAGUGUGGCUAUACCUAUGUUGUUCCAGUGUUUUCCAGUCAGAGUAAAUAUGACUACCAUACCCUGCUGUUACAUAAAUGUAACUUUUUAAAGCAAGUGGGAGAGCAGAAGAAUGCCAGAGAACUUGGAAUCAGCCUUUGAGGAGUGUUGCAUGCUGGUAGAAAGCUCACUUCUGUUUGUUUGAUGUCAUCUUGUAAUGAAUGGCUCCUUUGCUUAGUACCAUGUAGGGCCGUUUCUUUCCUCCUACAGUUUUCUUAAGUUAAUCACAUGGAUUCUUUGUACUAGGACUUCCUUGAGUAAAGCUAUUGACAUAUUUCUGCUGGAGCCUAAUACACAUGUGUAUUAACAUAGGCAUUGUUUUAUAUUAAUGAUAAAUUCUACUGGCUUGCUUUAUGAUAGUUUCUGAUUUCUAGCUGCUUAUGUGGUCCAUUUGAUUAUUAUUUGUGUCAGAAUAAUGUGACAUUUAUGAUUGCUAAGCUCUGAGCAGAAAAGGAGUGCCCAAGAAAAUUAAUUGCCUUUGUUUUACUGUAUGCUCAAAUAAGUAUUGAAAAUAUUCAGGCUUUGAACCCAGAGUUCAUAGGAUUGUUAUUUAGCUCCAUUUUAUUUACUUACAGAAAUCAAAACACAAGGUGGUUUUAAGUAAAAAAGCAAAAAGUACUAAAAUAUUGUAAAACAUUCUGUGUUGCUCUUACUUUAGAAAUUUGCCUAUUUCUAGGUUCAAAAAUAAACUUUACUAAAAUA